AUGAACCCUUUUACAUAUAUCCACAGUAUGUGACCUUGUCUUCAUAUAAAACCACCAUUAGACAUUAUUAGGAAUUUCUAAAACGACCCUGAGCAAAAGUUCAAUCAGGAAGUCUAUCUCUUUGCGCAUGGCACGAGCAUUUUCCCGCGAUCCUUAAGUCCCUCUUUGUCUCUUCCAAUCACAGCCUGCCACGUUUCUCCUAUAGCCGAUUGCAAACAAGCUGUCAAACUUUAAAAAUGUUCUCGCUCUCUCCACUGUCAUUUAAACAGGAAAUGAAUUUUCACAUAUUUAUUUAUUUAUUUGGUCCCUCUACCCACUCGAUGUUGGCAUGAUGGCCUUGUUAGGAUGUGAUCAGCACAGGUCCAUCGUGGCGCAAAUCCCUUUUGAUGGUUUACGGACCGUUACCACCUUGAAGGUGUCAAGUCAAGAAUUUAUCACCUCUGAUAUAAAGCAACAGUGCAAUGAGCUCGACAAUCGCUUUAAGGUGAUACCAGAGCCGCAAUGAUGGAGUGACUGCAGGUAUAUGAUAUCUCUAAUCCCUGCUUUCUUCGUUCUUGGGAGAAACGUUUAUGGCAGCCUUUCACGUCAGUCUCGUGUACACUUUGUAUUUAUAGACAUCCUGCAAGCUGUUGAACUUUUAAGCGUAGCAACCAGCGACCCACGUGCACGCGGACCUGCCCCUCUGACGCCUACUGAAAGACGUGCGAUGUGGCUCAUCCACCGCGCGCAGCCGUCGGAUUUCUCACUUGAGGCAGAAGGAGGAACAGACGCAACUUUUCGCCUCUCAGGGAAGCGCUCCGCAGGAGAGCUGAACGGACCGGUAGCAGGCGCGAUCAGUGUUCAGGGAGGCUGAUGGAGCGUCUUCUCUCUCCAGAGCUGGGAUUAUCCAGUGAUGUAGCACUUCUCCUCUGAUUCACACCUGACUGACACAGAACGGACAGUUAUGCAGUAUUUUAUUAUUUGGCUAAGCAACAUUCGCGGAACCUUUUGCAACGUUUGCUGGAGUGUGUGCACCGUGCCUGUGUAACACACAUGUUCACUGUCUUCUGCUACUGUAUCAGCACAAGUCAAGUGAAAAUAUGCUGCUGUUUCCGAAGAAGAUCAAGCCCGUUCAAAUUUCCAUCGUCACCCAGAUAAUAAUUAAGCUGGUUUUAAGGAAUCAUUGGCAUCAUGCUUAAGAAAAUAUCAUCACUUUUCACCUAAUUUGUUGGAUCAAACUGUCAAAAACAAGUCUUUCUAAACCAAAAUAAGACGGUGUGUUAGGACAUGGGGGACUCCAACAUUAGUCACAUGGUAGUAGCUGACACAGGGAUGCAGGAGAGUCUCCCAACAGGCAAGCUGGAUCAUUACAUGGACAGCUAUGAUAUGGACUAUGGCAUCCCUCCUGACGAGAUCCCAGACACCACGCAGGGCCAGGCUUUCUUUGUGGCCACCAUUGUUAUCGGUGUGGUGCUUGUCUGCAUCAUGCUUGUGUGCGGGUUGGGAAACUUCAUAUUCAUUGCCACGCUGACACGCUACAAAAAGCUCCGCAACCUCACCAAUCUGCUCAUUGCCAACCUGGCCAUCUCAGACUUCAUUGUGGCAGUGGUAUGCUGCCCGUUCCUGGUGGAUUACUAUGUGGUGAAACAGCUCUCCUGGGAUCAUGGGUUGGUGCUGUGCGCCUCGGUCAACUAUCUCCGGACUGUGUCACUCUACGUGUCCACAAAUGCGUUGCUUGCCAUUGCAGUUGACAGGUACAUGGCUAUUGUCCAUCCUCUGAGGCCUCGUAUGAAGUAUCAAACCGCCUACUGCCUGAUAACGGGAGUCUGGAUUGUUCCCAUUCUGAUAUCAAUUCCCUCUGCCUACUUUGCCUCUGAGACCAUGUACCCUCAUGGUGGCACGACCCCAACCACUCACAAAGUCUUUUGUGCCCAAAUCUGGCCUGUGGAUCAGCAGGUCUACUACCGGUCCUACUUCUUGUUUGUCUUUGCUGUGGAGUUUGUUGCACCUGUGAUCGUCAUGGCCAUGUGUUACACCCAAAUUUCUCGCGAGCUCUGGUUCAAGAAUGUCCCAGGUUUCCAGACAGAGCAGAUUAGGAAGAGGUUGCGCUGUCGCCGCAAGACAGUGAUGGUACUGAUUGGGAUCUUGACAGCAUACAUCCUGUGCUGGGCGCCAUACUAUGGCUUCACCAUCCUGCGAGAUUUUCACCCAACACUCAUCUCCCGCCAGAAGAACUCUUUGGUGGCUUUCUACAUCAUUGAGUGCAUUGCCAUGAGCAACAGCAUGAUCAAUACCUUCUGUUUUGUCAGCGUCAAGAACAACACUGUUAAGUACCUGAAGAAGAUUGUGCUGCUGCGAUGGAGGUCAACAUAUGCCCCCAGUAAGACUGUGGAUGAGAUGGAUAUGAGGACCUCCUCCAUGCCUGUAACAGAGGAGAUUGAAUGCAUUCACCUGAGGUGAAGAGAAAAAAAAUCUGUAAUGUGUCAGUCAUUUGGAUUCGGGUUGUCAAUACCGAAACUGGGUAACUGAUAGUGAAAGUUUUGACAUGGAACAUUUCUCUUGUGUUUAAAUCACUUUUCGGAAAGAUUUCAAUGAUCUUGAACCACAAGAAAAGGUUGGUCCAACAGUAUGUCGAUUAAUGGGGCCACAUAGUUCAAACUUUGUUAGUCAGUAGUACUUUCAGUACUUCAAUCUGAGGUAUUAUGAGAAUGUAAUUGUUGUGCGUACUGUGACUGUGCAACGUGUUACUGUGAAAUGUUGUAGCAUGUGUAUAAGAUAUAUUACAUGGAAGUCCUGUAAUAAAUAAUGGCUGCUGACCUUUACAGAUCUAUGAUGUUGACUACCUACCAUACACAACGUUUAUCUUUGUAUUGCCUGUAUCUGUUAAAUAGAUUUUCAGUAAGGUCAAAUAACUUGCAGUGCUGAAGCAAUCCUUUCACUGACCAUUUCUUGUUCUUCCUACGUUGCCUUUUGCUUCUAGGAAAUUGUUCUUAAUUUUUCAGUGAAAUGUUAUAUUGUGGACUGAGUUUUGAAAAGGUGUUUUGAAUGUCUUACAAAGGAAAUGGUUUUUUUGUUGUUGUUGUUGUUUAUAUUUGUUCUUGAAAAAGUAAACAAAAUUGCAUGCUUUUUUGAAGUUAAACACAUUUAAUGUGUGCUUAUGUUAAUAAACAGUGAGAUAUUGGAAGAAUGCUAUCCUUUCAUUUCCUUUUUCCAGGAUGUAAAUUGCCUACUGUAUA